CUGAAGCUGCUUUGUAUCCAUGUCUAACGAAACAAAUUGCACGUUCCCAAAAGAUUAUGAAGCCAUCCUCUUUCCCAUCAUCUACAGCAGCGUUUUCGUGGUGGGAUUGUUGGGUAACCUAACAGCGAUUGGCGUUAUUGUCCAGUUAAUUAAAAAGAAGAACGUCUUGGGUGUCUAUCUGGCCAAUCUUUGUGUCUCGGACCUCCUGUACAUCUUCACCCUCCCUGCCUGGAUAGUCUACACUGCCAAAGAGGACUGGGUCUUCGGGACUCUAAGCUGUAAAAUUGUGGGCUUCUUCUUCAACGCCAACUUUUACACUACUAUUGCCUUUCUCAGCUGUAUAGCCACAGAUCGUUUUAUUGCCACGGUUUUUCCAUUGCGCUCACGGACAUUUCGGAGCAUGAAAAAAGCUUUGGUGACCUGCAUAGUGGUUUGGUUGAUCAUCCUCGGCUCUCACUCCUAUAUUUUAUCCAGAGAUGACCUGUUUACCUCCAUCCAAAAUGUGAAGUUGUGCUAUGAGAAGUACCCCAUGGAUCAGUGGAUGGCUCGUCUCAACUAUUUCCGUAUCUUUGUCGUUUUUCUGAUCCCUUUGGUCAUUUUGGUCUUUUCUUAUUGUUCCAUUAUCCUGGUAAUACAGCGUACCUCUACUUUGGAAGCAGAGCAAAAAAGAAGGGUGACCGGCCUCCUCUUUUCCAUGAUCGUCAUCUUUAUCAUUUGCUACCUCCCCUACCAUGUGGUCCUUUUCAUCCGUUCCUAUGUGAGUGACUAUAACUAUGGGAAUUGUGAGAUAGAGGAGCAAGUUCGUCCAGCCUACCGGAUCUCAUUUACCCUCAGCAGUGUCAGCAGUGCCUUAGACCCUUUUAUUAAUAUUUUUGUUAGUGAUGGAGUGAAGCGAGACCUUUUGAUGGAACUGCGAGCUAUCUAUUUUUGUCUGUUUUACCGAGGUGAAAGGGAAAAAAGUAAAAUGAGGCGCCUUAAUUUUGAGUGCAAUGGUGCCUCAAAGAACAACAAACUUCUGUGCACUCACCAAACUAAAGUACAGACAAGGUUAUAG